AUGUCAUUUGUCGCCGCUAUAGACAGCUCCAAAAACAUCAGCGUGUGGUCUCGUGCGGUCAAUGCAUUGGCCCAGGUUCUGGACCAAAUCAAGUUCACCAUCACCGCAACUGGCCUAACGCUUCUGGCGGUGAACCCGUCAAGAACAAGCCAUGGAGACAUUUCGUUUCAAAAGCACUUUUUUCGGGAAUUUCUGUUUGACACGGCAAACAUCAUGGUUUCUGGCUUUCGUGCUGGCGAGCUAGACCCAAACGCUCUGUCGUACUCAUGCAUUGUGUCUACAAAGCACAUGGUGGUGCUCUUCAAGAACCUAGACGCUGGAGGGCUCAGUUACAUCUGCCUCCGGCUCGACUGCCACCAGAACGUUCCAAGAAACAAGGAGUUCAAGAUAUUGGUCGAGAUCUUGACGCGGAAGAUGAUUGUCAAAAAAUACCUGAUGAACUACCAACCGGUGCUACCGCAGGAAGUGCUUAUUCCACGCUUGUACAAAAAGGACUACGAUUUGGGGAAGUGCAAACACCUAAAGAUGGAGACGGGCACCAUGAAGUCGUUUCUUGAUAUUGUUCCUGUGUCCACGGAGGAUUUCAUGAUCGAUGUGAAGCUGACCAAGAUUCUGUUCGUGGCUCACACUAAGCAGGUGGUGAAGGACCGGGAGUUGUUGAAGCAACCCAUGCUGAUAACGAUUCUGAUGAGUAUCGACGAGUUAAUGGAGCUGAACUUGGACGGGGUCACUGCGUCAAUCAACUUCCGUCUCAAGGACUUCCGUACUUUUAUCACCUGCUGCGCUUCGAUGCGAGAUAUGGCCCACUACGACGAUGACUUGCUACCCGAAGCGCUGUUUGAGGCGUACUUCAAGGGGAAUGGAAACCCCGUAGUUCUAGAGCACACGUCAGGGCCGGUAACAGCUACUCUUGUCCUAAUUACCGCCAGUGCGGGCGAGCCACUAGAGAAUGAUGAUAAUCGUGACAAGUAUGUUCUUCACGGGCAUGCCAUACAGCGGGCUCCCGAGAGAGAGAUACCAGAGCCUGUUAGACAUAAAAAUGCAUCUGCAUCUGGCCGUCUCACGAAUAUCGGGACUCCUCCUCGGCGAGAACCGAGCAUUGAGCCUGAUUCCAACCACUCGUUUCAAACAAGCUCCAUGGGUGACAUUGUCACCUACGGAAAGCGCGGCUCGACCCCUGUGGAAAUUCCACACAAGAGAGCUAAAGUUCUCGAUGGAGACACUGACUACAGCACAUCCGGUGAGGACGAUGGCGGUGAGCAGGUGUUUGGCCCUACUCAGCACAACAACAAGCCUACAUCGUUGUUCGAAUGA